UGAUGAUUUAUUUCUACUUCUAAGCUCGUGUUGCCUCCGUUCUUCGACGUAAAGUCGAGAGUUCAGUGCGGAAACGAGCCGAAGAAAUGGCGGAUCGAGAGGUGCAGAGUCAGGUUUCUUUGGGUGAGAUACGAAUCCAAAACGUAAAAAAGGAAGAAAUUAUUAUAUCAGAAGCUGAGUUAAAUAAAGUCCUAAACAGGCAUUUGGAACUUCUCAUUACGGAUUUUGAAAAUUCGAAGGUACUGUUUAUGCCUUAUCCAAUCGAGACCAUCAGACAAUUCGUUACCUAUGUACAGACGGACGAUCCCGGAUUGACCUCUUUUACACACGCAUUCGAUCUGUAUCAUCUGAGUUUAAGAUACGAGUUAGAAAAUUUAAAAAAGAAAUGCAGAUCAUUUAUCAUUCGGCAAAUAAAAUUGCAUACCGUCUGUGCAAUCCACGAUUUUGCAUAUAAGAUCGGUGAUUUGGUCAUAACUUAUCAUUGCUGGCAAUCUUUCGACGAACACGGAGAAAGACUAUUUACAACAGUCGAUUUUAUGUGCUGUAAAAUUGCAACAAUUGAUAGACUUCUAUCUCGAGCGAUAUACGAAUCUGUCAGUGAAUUCCGUUUACUCCAAGCCGUGUAUCAUUGGAGCAUAGAAGAAGUUCAAAGAAAAUCGGGUGCAGACAACUUCCAUUCGAUGAAUGAAGAAUCGAAAAGGAAUGAAGUAAGAAAUGUUAUGGAGCCAUUUAUUGGAAAAGUCAGAUUUCUUGCCAUGAAUGAAGACGAAUUGCUAUCUUAUGUUUUUACAAUGAACUUGUUAAGCAAAGUAGAAAAGAGUCAUAUCUGGCAUGCUUUUAAAUAUGGUUAUUCUUCUUUGUAUCCCAGUUACUUCAAUCGAGAAACAAACACAAGAAGCAAAAAAAAUUAUUGUAACUUGUUCUCGUACAUAAAUCGUGGAGUUCCUAUUAUGGUCGCAAACAGAAAGAUGGAAGGUUACAUGUAUUUUAGCAGCGAAGUAGUUGUGAUGGAAGAUUGUUACGUCACGGCUCUUCGAUUUCCGGUGAAGCUUGGCGAAUGUUUUCGAAUGUGCGUAAAUGGGUAUAUUAACUCUUUGGACAACAAGCAGUUUUCGUUCGACACCGUAUGCAAUUCAGAGGGAGUAGCAGAUCUGGAAACGAAGUUGUAUCUAGAAAAAUAUUGGAAAGUUCGUUUAUUUGCUUUGUUUUACCGCGCUGGAAAUGUCCAACCAUAUUUCGAGUUUUCACGUCAACUGAGUUACUUUGUGAGCGAAGAAGGAACAGAAGCCAGGAAAUUUGAAGACAAAUUCCUAACCUGUGACAGAAACCUUAUGAAAAAUAUUUACUUUUCGGUUGAUUUAUAUUUCUGAAGUCAAAAGUUUUCCUGGAGUAAAGCGAAAUCUAAACGAGAAUAUAACGUAAAGUUAAAUUCGAAUAUGAUUAUUUCUUACUGUAUCGCUGUAAAAUUUCUGCAAAAUAUGUGUAUAUUUUCCUCCUCUAUUUAUCAGUCCCUUUAAUAAAUCUGGAUUUGCUUUUACUUAUGGAAAUUAUGGUCAUAGCUGUUGUAUUAUAAGAAAAUGUUUUUUAGUAUGAGUUUUCAUUGUUGCUUCCAUAUUUUUGUAAAAGGUAACUGUAACUUAAGAAAACAUUUUUAUCAAUAAAUAUAAAAUCAAAA